UGCCGCGACGCCCACGACGCUCGCCAUAGGCUACGCGGCAUACCGGCGCUCCAUUAGCCAGUUUAUCCCAGCGAUCGUGUCAAAAGCGGCGACGAAAAAUUCAGGUAGAUUAGAAGCGAAACGUAACUAACAAAAAUGGCAGCACAUCCGAAAUUAGUCAACAAACAGUUCAAUUCCCCCAUCGGGUUAUACUCACCGCAGAACAUACAGGAGGUGUUAGAACGGGAGACCCAGAUAUUGGCCAAUGGCGCAGUUGGCAUCAACUUCAACAAUCCCAAUGUGGGUAAACCCGCCAAUCUCAAAAACUCCGCAGUCCUACGGAUGCUGGAGGAAGAAGAGAAUCGACAACGAAAUGGAAUUGGACCAGGUAACUACAACACGGCGAAACCCCUACGAGAAAACAUAACAUGGCCGCCACCGGAGUACGAGCAUAAGAACAGUCUCAGGUCGACUUUUAAAGACGUGGUCGUUCCAGGUGCAAAAAGGGUAGCUUGGCCUCCCCCGAGCGAGUCAGGAUCGGACUCGCCCUACGUCGAACAGAACUCAGUAUCUGCACAGGGUGGACCUCAAAUCUCCUCACAGUCACCCGGCUUUCAGCAGAAUAACUACCAAGCACCCGCUCAACAACGUUCGGUUUCCUCUAACCCACCAACAAACCGCCCAUUGAAGCCCCUUGACGUUUCGACCGGUAGUUCGUCGCCACUGUCUUCCCCUCUCUUGAAUCAGAGUCCACACGGCUUCAGACCCUCCACUCCUGCUAAAGGGUGGGCCCCAGUGCAGUCUCCUGUUGCCACCCCCAGCCCUCCCUCUUGGCAGCAACACCCCCCAGUCCAACAUCAGCAGUCCACCACUUCCACCACGCAACACCCCCCACUCCAACAUCAGCUGUCCACCUCUUCCACCGCCUCCUCUACCACUCGCUACCAGACUGCUCAUCAAUCUGUCUCUCAGCAAACCUUUCUAGGACAGCAGUACCUUCCUUCCUCUGAAGUGCAAUACCAAACCACCCAACAGUACCAGUCCUCUCAACAAUACCAACCUCCCCAACAAAAAUCCCAACAGCAAUAUCAACCUCAGAAACAGUUCCAAUCUCCCCAACAACAAUAUCAACUUCCUCAGCAACAGUAUCAACCUCCCCAACAACAGUACCAACCUCCUCAACAGCAAUAUCAAGUUCCUCCCCAACAACAAUAUCAAGCUCCUUCCCAACAGCAAUAUCAAGCUCCUCCCCAACAGCAAUAUCAAGCUCCUCCCCAACAGCAAUAUCAGGCUCCUUCCCAACAACAGUAUCAAGCUCCUCCUCAACAACAAUAUCAGGCUCCUCCCCAACAGCAAUAUCAAGCUCCUCCCCAACAACAAUAUCAAGCUCCUCCCCAACAGCAAUAUCAAGCCACUUCCCAACACCAAUAUCAAGCCUCUCCUCAACAAUAUCAAGCUUCUACCCAACAACAAUAUCAAGCUUCUACCCAACAAUAUCAAGCCUCUACCCAACAAAACCAGGCUUUCCAACCCUCUCAAUCUGCUCCUAAACCAGCAGCUGCUCCAUCUCAGGUAGCACCAAGAGCAGCCCCAGCUUCAAAACAGGCGCAACCACCACCGCCCACAACCAUCACUCUUCGCCCCAAGGCUCCAGUGAGCCAGGCACCUCCACCACUUGUUACAUCACAACCAGCCACGGCUACCUUAAAGGUUUCGAAAAAAAAUUUACGCGGGGACAUAAAAUGGCCUCCGGAAGACGUAAAGCGAAAGAUUGCCGAGGAGAAUUUAGAUAGUAAUGAUAGUUUCCUUUCUAUUCAAGGUGGGAAGCAUCUCCGAGGAGACCUUAAAUGGCCUCCAGAGUGUGUAAGGCAGCAGUUUGCGGAAGAGGACAGACUGCGCCUGGAACUGGCGCAAGGGCCAGCAUGUAGGCCAUUGAGGCCACACAAGGAUUACUCAGAAUUCUUUAAUCAGCAUGCUCUGAAUUCGACGUAUCCUGGCUACAAAAUUCCUCCAGGAACGCAAUUUUUCAGACCGGUGUAACGCACUUUCCGAUAUCUAGAGUUGUUAAUCUAAGAUUAUUUGGAAAGUCGUUGAAACGCAAGCUUUUGAGUUUAUAAAAUCAAGAAAAACAUGUAUAACAAUUGUAACUAUAUUUUAGGAAAUUUCUUGAUUCUAAAAAGUUAAGAAGUUUGCAAAAUACCGUUCAGAACGGUAAGAUUAGCCUUUAAGAUGCUCGUUUGUGAUAAUACGCUGAACUGAUUUCAAUAGCCCAAACUAACCAAAAAUUUUAGCUAUUUUCUUACACUUUGUAUGUUAAUAUUUUGUUAACCAACGCAGUAUACUUACAUUAAGAAUAUAUGGUUAUGAAAAUAUUAAAAUAGUGAGGAAAUGUAAAUAAAUAGUCUUAUCCCAAGUUAUAUAUGUUAUAAAAUAAAAUAAAAAAAGGGUUUGACUUAAUAGAAACGAUUAGCCGCUUACCGAUUAUUAUUAAUAUAAAUUAAAA